AUGAAGAAGAAGAAUUAUGAUAUUCUUUUAUUGUAUGUUUUGCUGAUAUUGGGAUUGCCUGUACUGGUUGUUUCGGUUUUGGCAUUAGCUGGGCCUUUGUACGGAGGAGUCACGUUUAUCGGCUGGAUAUGGAUGAUCUCGAUCAUCUUGGAGAUUUUGGGAAUGCUCUGCUUGUCUAUAAUUGGAGUACUGGUAACCGAUAAAAACACGAGCAGACCUUUAUUUGGGAGAGAUGGAAAGUACUCCUACUACUUGUUGCACAAGUAUGUGUUGAAUGCUGAGAAUUGGGAGCAGAUUAAGAGAUGUUUGGUUGAUUUCAAGUUUUGUCAGCCUACAAAUGUUGGUAUAGGGGGGGGUGAUAUUUUCAAAUAUAUCUUCUAUCAUAUUCAUUUGAGUUGUUGCAAGCCUCCCACUCCUUGCGGCUUGGAGUUUCACAAUGCUACAUACUGGACCAUGCCCAAAGCAGGGCCAGCGGUAGCAGAUGAUGACUGCAAGAUUUGGAGCAAUGUACAGAGUGAGCUCUGCUUCAACUGUCAAUCAUGUACGAGAGCAUUUCUUCACAAACUCCAUAAAGAUUGGAAGGUGUAUUCCAUCGUCUACUUUGUAGCACUUCUUGUCUUCAACUUUGUUGGCUGUGUUUACUAUUGUGUUCUCAUGAGGAAGAACAGAUCAAAGGGAUAUGAAAGAUAA